AUGUCGCCAGUGGACACUGUCGGCACCAAGGAAGGUUGCUUGUGUUUUGCUGCUCUGCAAGUUGGUUACUACAAUGGAAAAUGUACUAACACUAGUGCAGAUGUAGAAACUAUUGUCAAAAAUUCCAGAACCUCACAAUUCGCAACGGAUGCAAUGAUCAUCGGACAACUUAUACGUUUGCAAUUCCAUGAUAUCUUCGUCCGGGGAUGUGAUGCUUCAAUACUCCUAGAUGGAAAAUCAAAAGAGAAGAAUGCAGCUCCAAACCUAAACCUGAAAGGUUACAAUAUCAUUGAUAAUGCAAAAUCCUUUGUAGAGAACGAAUGUGGCACAGGGAUUGUCUCUUGUGCUGAUAACAUUAUCGUAGCUAUUAGAGAAGCUGUUGUCUUGUUCUACAGUGUAACAACAGGGAGAAGGGAUGGACUAAUUUCAAAUAAGACCAAGGCUGAGCUUCUCCUCCCUGCUGCUGAGAUAUCAGUCACUGACUUUAUCAUACUAUUUGGGAAUCUAGGAUUAAAUGUUUCAGACAUGGUUCUUCUCAUUGGUGGUCACACAGUAGGGGUUGCCCAUUGUUCUUCCUUCCAAGAUCGUCUCUACAAUUACAGCAACACAGGAAAGGCUGAGCCAACAAUGGAUUCAACUCUACUUGCCUCUUUGAAGAUGACUUGUCCCCAGAAUUCGAUGGUCGAUAACACGGCUAAUCUGGAUCAGAACACUGCAAGUAUAAACACUAUUGACAACUCCUUCUUCAUGCAAAUUCAGAAGAACAAAGGAGUUUUAGGAAUAGACCAAGAGAUAGAUUUGGAUACUAGAACUAAUGGCACUGUGGCAUCAAUGGCUAAUGAUAAUAAUCUGUUCCUUUCACAAUUUGGUGCUACCAUGGUCAAGAUGGGAGCUGUGAAUGUUCUUUUAGAUCCACAGGGACAGGUUAGGCUAUCAUGUCGAUCUGUUAAUUAA